GUCUCUGGACUGUCAGGUGGACCAUUGGUGCUGCAGUGGAAGCCAGCAGCUAAGUCUUGUGUAUGGCGUGGUUAAGGUUGCAGCCUCUUACCUCUGCCUUCCUCCAUUUUGGGCUGAUUACCUUUGUGCUCUUCCUGAAUGGUCUUCGGGCAGAAGCUGGUGGCUCAGGGGAUGUGCCCAGCACAGGGCAGAACAAUGAGUCCUGUACAGGGUCAUCGGACUGCAAGGAGGGUGUCAUCCUGCCAAUCUGGUACCCGGAGAACCCUUCCCUUGGAGACAAGAUUGCCAGGGUCAUUGUCUAUUUUGUGGCCCUGAUAUACAUGUUUCUCGGGGUGUCCAUCAUUGCUGAUCGCUUCAUGGCAUCUAUUGAAGUCAUCACUUCUCAAGAGAGAGAGGUGACUAUCAAAAAGCCCAAUGGAGAGACCAGCACAACCACGAUUAGGGUCUGGAACGAAACUGUCUCCAAUCUGACCCUUAUGGCCCUGGGUUCCUCUGCUCCUGAGAUCCUCCUCUCUUUAAUUGAGGUGUGUGGUCAUGGGUUCAUUGCUGGUGAUCUGGGACCUUCUACCAUUGUAGGCAGCGCAGCCUUCAACAUGUUCAUUAUCAUUGGUAUCUGCGUCUACGUGAUCCCCGAUGGAGAGACUCGCAAGAUAAAGCACCUCCGAGUCUUUUUUGUCACUGCUGCUUGGAGCAUCUUUGCCUACAUCUGGCUCUAUAUGAUCCUGGCCGUCUUCUCUCCUGGUGUGGUCCAGGUUUGGGAAGGCCUCCUCACUCUCUUCUUCUUUCCAGUGUGUGUCCUUCUGGCCUGGGUGGCAGAUAGGCGACUGCUCUUCUACAAAUACAUGCACAAAAAGUACCGCACAGAUAAACACCGAGGAAUCAUCAUAGAGACAGAGGGUGGCCACCCCAAGGGCAUCGAGAUGGAUGGGAAAAUGAUGAAUUCCCACUUCCUAGAUGGGCAUCUGGUGCCCCUGGAAGGGAAGGAAGUGGAUGAGUCCCGCAGGGAGAUGAUCCGGAUUCUCAAGGAUCUGAAGCAAAAACACCCGGAGAAGGACUUAGAUCAGCUAGUAGAGAUGGCCAAUUACUAUGCUCUCUCCCAUCAACAGAAGAGCCGCGCCUUCUACCGGAUCCAGGCCACCCGUAUGAUGACUGGCGCAGGCAAUAUCCUGAAGAAGCACGCAGCAGAACAAGCCAAAAAGGCCUCUAGCAUGAGCGAGGUGCACACUGAUGAGCCGGAGGACUUUGUCUCCAAGGUCUUCUUUGACCCGUGCUCUUACCAGUGCCUGGAGAACUGCGGGGCUGUGCUCCUGACAGUGGUGAGGAAAGGGGGGGACAUGUCCAAGACCCUGUAUGUGGACUACAAAACAGAGGAUGGUUCUGCCAAUGCGGGGGCUGACUAUGAGUUCACAGAGGGCACUGUGGUUCUGAAACCAGGAGAGACCCAGAAGGAAUUCUCUGUGGGCAUCAUCGAUGAUGACAUUUUUGAGGAGGAUGAACACUUCUUUGUGAGGUUGAGCAACGUUCGCAUAGAGGAGGAGCAGCCAGGGGAGGGGAUGCCUCCCAGAGUACUCAAUAGUCUUCCCUUGCCUCGGGCUGUCCUGGUGUCCCCUUGUGUGGCCACAGUCACCAUCUUGGAUGAUGAUCAUGCGGGUAUCUUCACUUUUGAAUGUGACACUGUUCAUGUCAGUGAAAGUAUUGGUAUCAUGGAGGUCAAGGUUCUGCGGACAUCAGGUGCCCGGGGCACAGUCAUCGUACCCUUUAGGACAGUAGAAGGGGCCGCCAAGGGUGGUGGUGAGGAUUUUGAAGACACACAUGGGGAGAUGGAGUUCAAGAAUGAUGAAACUGUCAAAAUAAUUCACAUCAAGGUAAUUGAUCAUGAGGCGCAUGAGAAAAACAAGAAUUACUUCAUUGAGAUGAUGGGCCCCCACAUGGUGGAUAUGAGUUUUCAGAAAGCGCUCCUGUUGUCUCCAGACAGGAAGCUGACUGUGGAGGAAGAGGAAGCCAAGAGGAUAGCAGAAAUGGGAAAGCCAAUAUUGGGUGAACACCCCAAACUAGAGGUCAUCAUUGAAGAGUCCUAUGAAUUCAAGACUACCGUGGACAAGCUGAUCAGGAAGACAAACCUGGCCUUGGUUGUGGGGACCCAUUCCUGGAGGGACCAGUUCAUGGAGGCCAUCACUGUCAGUGCAGCAGGGGACGAAGAUGAGGAUGAGUCAGGUGAGGAGAGGCUGCCCUCCUGCUUUGACUACGUCAUGCACUUCCUGACGGUCUUCUGGAAGGUGCUUUUUGCCUGCGUGCCCCCCACAGAGUACUGCCACGGCUGGGCCUGCUUUGUCGUCUCCAUUCUCAUCAUCGGCAUGCUCACAGCCAUCAUCGGGGACCUGGCCUCCCACUUCGGCUGCACCAUUGGCCUCAAGGACUCGGUCACAGCUGUUGUCUUUGUGGCGUUCGGCACCUCUGUGCCAGAUACGUUUGCCAGCAAAGCAGCCGCCGUCCAGGACGUGUACGCAGAUGCCUCCAUUGGCAAUGUCACGGGCAGCAACGCCGUCAACGUCUUCCUGGGCAUCGGCCUGGCCUGGUCCGUGGCCGCCAUCUACUGGGCCCUGCAGGGACAGGAGUUCCACGUGUCCGCGGGCACGCUGGCCUUCUCUGUCACCCUCUUCACCAUCUUCGCGUUUGUGUGCGUCAGCGUGCUCCUGUACCGCCGGCGGCCCCACCUGGGCGGGGAGCUGGGCGGCCCUCGUGGCUGCAAGCUGGCCACGACUUCGCUGUUUGUGAGCCUGUGGCUUCUCUACAUACUCUUCGCCACGCUGGAGGCCUACUGCUACAUCAAGGGGUUCUGA